UGCCUGUCACCUGUUUUGGAUUCCCAGGACCCAGAAUGUAAAACGGGAAACUGACUCCUACAAAUUGUCCUCUGAACUCACCAUGCAAGCCUUGAAAAGAUCAACUGAACAAUAACCUUGUUAGGCCUACAAAAGUGCUCUGGAAUCAGCUCCAGGACGCUGACUUUCUACAGCAUGAAACCUACACUAUGUUUCCUUUUCAUCCUCAUCUUCCUUCUCCCACUGAUGGUCCCAGGGAAAACGGAGUACUCCUUAGACUCUUUGGUGGAUCAAAAGAUCAAAGAAGCUCUCAAGCACCAAGAGUCUAAGACAAUCUACUGCACUAGUGUCACGACUUCUGGCAGACUGGCCUCCUGUCCUGCUGGGACGGUUGUCACUGGAUGUGCCUGUGGCUAUGGGUGUGGAUCUUGGGAUAUCCAGAAUGAAAAUACUUGCCACUGCCAGUGCUCAGUCAUGGACUGGGCCACCGCCCGCUGCUGCAAAAUAGCUUAAGAAUGAGGAGGUUGAGAAACUGAUUUUAAAAUGAUGAGCAUAAUGAAACCAUGGUCUCUACCAGGAAACCUGACUCAUUGUCUUCAUAAUGUAUCCAUAUCACUAAAUAAGUCUUCUUGAAUAAUAAAGACAGAUCUGUACCUGUG